GUAGAGAUUGAAAAGCUGGACUAUCACUUCUACCUGCCUUUGUUUUUUGAUGGGCUUUGUGAAACGACAUUUCCGUAUGAAUUUUUUGCUCGUCAAGGAAUCCAUGACAUGUUGGAACAUGGUGGAAACAAGAUUCUUCCUGUCGUUCCUCAACUCAUUAUCCCAAUAAAAAAUGCACUGAGCCUUCGUAACCGACAGGUCAUCUGCAUCACGCUGAAAGUCCUCCAGCACCUGGUGGCAUCAGCUGACAUGGUGGGGGAGGCCUUGGUGCCCUAUUAUCGGCAAAUCCUCCCAGUCCUAAACAUCUUUAAGAAUAUGAAUG